UGAUGGUAGAUGAUACAUGUUUGUGAAGAUGGUUCAGAUCUCCUCUCUGAUGUUUCCUCACGGGUUUGUGAUCAGUUUGGUUUGAAUCAGUUAUUGAUGAUAUGAAAACAGGCUGAGACGUGAUGAUUGACAGCUGACCCUGACUCCUGAUUGGCCGGCCGCGUGUGAGUGGACGUCUUGUCAGAUGUUGAUUGGUUCCUCUUCUCUUUCCUUAAUGAGCUGUUAGAAGCUUCGUGUUUUAGAUGAAGAUCGAGUGACGAGCUACACAAUGUGUUAUGUUCUCACUAGGACAGAAGUACAAACGUGUGUGUGAGGGUGUGUGUGUGUUUGUGUGCGUUUAUGUUGAUAGAGACGGAUGCUUUGUGGUUUCAUUCACGUCAUUGUCACUUCCUGUCGAUCUCUCUAUCUUCAAUUCUCUUUUGAAACUGUGGAUAUGACAUAUUAGUUUUUUUAAACUUUAUCCACUGUGAUUGAGAACUUCUUCUUCUGGCUCUUUUGUUGUUUUAUCUUCUGUUCUUUACCUUCUUCACUUCCUCCACCUGCCUUCUCUCUCUCUCUCUCUCUCUCUCCACCUCCACCUCCAUUGUCCCGUCGACGUGAAAGACUGGAGCUGCCGCUGAGGAGGAAGUAGAAGAGGAGGAAGAGGAGGAAGAGGAGGAGAAGAUGAUUCAUUCAAAUGACUCCAUCCACUCGCUCUUCUGCUGCUGCUGUGAAGUUCGGACCAGGGAGAUCAGCACCCGCAUGGAUCUGGAGGGAAGCCCCUCGCUGUGUUUCCAGAGCAGACGGUUCCCGGGACGCGCCUGUCGGGUCGACAGGUCGAGGAGGAAGCUUCCUCUUCCUCCGCCCGAUGAAGAGGAAGGUGAAGGCGAGGGGCUGCUGAUGGUCGUCGCCAUGUACGACUUCAAGGCCAAGGAGGACACGGACCUCACACUCAAACAGGGAGACGAGUACCUCAUCCUUCACAAACAGGACCAGCUGUGGUGGCGAGCGCAGGACAAACACGGGAAUAAAGGUUUCAUCCCCAGUAACUAUGUGACAGAGAAAAACCAAAUCGAGGCAAAUACGUGGUACUGCAAGAACAUCACCAGGACAGAGGCGGAGCAGCUGCUGAGACAAGAGAACAAAGAGGGGGGGUUUGUCGUGAGGGAGUCGAGUCAGAAAGGCACCUACAUCGUCUCCGUUUACACAAAAACAAUCAGUGCUGGAGGAGAUAUCAGACAUUACCAGAUCAAAAUCAGCGACAUGUCCCAGUUCUUCCUGGCUGAGAAACACACGUUCAGCUCCAUCCCUGAAGUCAUUCAAUACCAUGAACACAACGCAGCAGGUCUGGUGACGAGGUUGCGUUAUGCUGUGGGGCCGAUGGGAUGUUGUGUACCUGCCACAUCAGGAUUCAGCUCAGAGAAGUGGGAGAUCGACCCCGGCGAGCUGACCUUCAUGAAGGAGCUGGGCAGCGGCCAGUUCGGUCUGGUGAGGCUGGGCAAGUGGAGGGCGCAGCACAAAGUGGCCAUCAAGGCCAUCAGAGAGGGCGCCAUGCUGGAGGAGGACUUCAUCGAGGAGGCCAAGGUCAUGAUGAGACUUUGCCAUCCUAAGCUGGUGCAGCUGUACGGAGUUUGCCUGCAGCAGCGCCCCCUGCUGAUCGUAGCCGAGUUCAUGGAGAACGGCUGCCUGCUGAACUUCCUGCGGCAGAGGGGCGGGGCCCUGAAGGAGGCGUGGCUGGUGUCCAUGUGUCAGGACGUGUGUGAGGGGAUGGAAUACCUGGAGGCGCAGAGCUUCAUCCACAGAGACCUGGCGGCCAGGAACUGUCUGGUCAACGAACACAACGUGGUGAAGGUCAGCGACUUUGGAAUGACCCGGUACGUUCUGGACAACCAGUACACCAGCUCCAGUGGUUCGAAGUUCCCAGUGAAGUGGUCUCCUCCUGAGGUUCUGCACUACAACAAGUACAGCAGCAAGUCGGACGUCUGGUCCUUCGGUGUGUUGAUGUGGGAGAUCUACUCCGGGGGCUGCACGCCGUUUGAGAACCGCUCCAACUCGGAGGUGGUCCAUGACAUCACCAGAGGGAUCCGUCUGUACCGGCCUCACCGAGCCCUGCAGCCGCUGUACGCCAUCAUGUACCGCUGCUGGCACGAGAAGCCUCUGGGUCGGCCGACCUUCUCGGAGUUGCUGCAGGAAAUAAGAAACAUGGCAGAAAAUCCAGAUUAAUGAAACCCACGAUAGUUUCAGAUGUUUAGACUGUUGUGUUUUUGUAAACAACUAUUUUCUUAAUAAAGUAUUUUCAGAUCAAAUCUU